CUUUAAUCCUUUUCCUAUAAGUAGAUCACUUGAUAAACUUAAACAAAACAAAAAUAAUAAGAUUUGUAGAAUAAAAUGGAUUUAUUCUAUUUCAUGAUUUCUCAUUCGGCUGCAAACAACCUAAAAUCAACCAGGUGUCAAUGUAAAUCAAAUGCAUAUCAUUGGCAAACUAUCAAUUCAUUAACUGGUUGUUUAUUAAUACCAGAAAUUAUAAAAAGUCAAUAUAAAAAUGUAUCCAUGACAACAUGGUUUAUUGAAUGUAUUCAUGAAAUGUAUCGAUUUUGUCAAUAUGGUACAAAAAAAUGUUAUCAACGUUUACGUUUAAUUCAAUCUAAUCCAAAUAUUAACAGUGCUAAUAGUAAUAAUAAUGAAUUAACUUUAAUCUCUGAUGUUGAUAUCUCAUUAUGGCCAUAUUGUUUAUGUUAUAAAAAUUUUACUGGUAUUGAUUGUUCUAUACCAUUUAAUCCAUGUCAACAUCUUAUAUCGAAUGUUUUAAUAAAAUCACAAGUAUUAUUACAUAAUCAAUUAAUUUAUUCACAUGAUAUUGAUCGUCCAUUAAUAUCACUUAAUGAUAAUGAUAGUCAUAAUGAUUAUCUUAAAUCUGCUAAUGGUAAUUGGUUAUGUGGUGUUCCAUUUGGUUAUGGUACAUGUCAUUCUUCUUCUUCUUCUUCUUCUGGCUUACAAUAUUAUUGUCAAUGUAAUAUUGGUUAUGAAAAAGAUGUAAAUUACAGUGAUAUGGAUAAUUGUUGGAAACAAAUUGAACAAGUAAACAAUAAUGAAACUAUUUAUAAAUGUAAUCAAAAUAUUUGCUUAAAUGAUGGACAAUGUAUUUAUGUAACUAAAGGACUUAUAACUUAUAUUGAUCAAUAUAAUAAUGAGAUUAUUACCAAUAAUGAUACUAAUCAUAUAUAUAAUCAAGUGCCAAUAUGUCAAUGUCAACCAGGUUAUACUGGUUUUUAUUGUGAAUUAACAGAAGGUAUAUGGAAUGAAUGGAAUUCAUGGAGUGAUUGUCUACCUAAUUGUGGUAUAAAACGUUAUCGUUCACGUUUACGUUUAUGUCAUGGAGAUGUUGGUUGUAUUGGAUCCAAUCAAGAAAUUCAAAAAUGUCCAUCAAAGAAAUGUAUCACAAUAUCAUUGAAUAAAUCUAAUGAUAAAUCAAUUCAAAAGAAAACAAUUACAUUAAAUUAUUAUUUUAUAUGGUUUCUAGGAUGUUUAAUACCUAUAGAGAUAGUCAUUAUUAUUUUAGGUGUGAUUAUAUAUGAACAUUUACUACUUAAAUCAUCGUCAUCAUCAUCAUCAUCAUUGUCAUCAGCAUCGUCAUUUUCGUCUCCACCUUCUUCUUCUUCGUCAUCAUCAUCGACCUCAUCGUGAUCGCACACUUCAUUGUUCAAUCACUAUAAUUCACUUACUAAUAUCUUGUAAUCUUCCAUUCUUGUUGUUAUAAGUAAAAGAGAAACAUACACAAAUGAUUUAUUAAUGUUACAAUACAUAUUAGCUCUUUGAUAAGAUGUCUUUAAAGCAAGU